AAGGUUGACACAGCAAUAAAAACACUUUUCAUCUUGGUAGCUAAGGAUUAAUAUACAAACAUGAAAUUUCUGCAUCAAAACGAAUUUCAUGUUAAUGGAUAACUGAUUAAUACGUUAUGCUGCAGUAAUCGACAAUUACAUAUGUAACGGCUUAUCGUAAACAUUUAUUUAUAUUCAGAUUAAGCUGUAAGGAUGAUUCAGAAAACAAGAGUAUUGAUGAAAACGUUCGUUAUACUAUUGGUACUGUGGGCUGUUUUGUUUGUGACAAAUACAUUCAAUGAUAUAAAUAUACAUACUAAGCGAAAAUUAGUUUGUGAUGAUUUUGCAUACCGAUCUUUUCAUGGAACAUAUAAUAAUACAUCGGUGCAAACAUCAAAGAGGCAGGAAACACCCACUAUCAAGAACCUGGAUAUGUUAGAAAAUGUUGAACCUCCAGAACUAGCAUACGAUCACAAUGCCAACCACAAAACACAAAGUGAUUAUCAAAACAUAAGACAGCAUGCGAAUGGAAAUGUUUCAUUUUCAGAAAUGACGAACUAUGCUAUAAACUGUUCCAAUAUUAAUGAGGUAAAGGUUAAAAAGCUGGUCGGAAGGGGAAUGGACAAAGUAGCAUUCCUCGGGAUGUAUAAAGUACAACACGUCGUGGUUAAAACUAUAGUCAAAGAGAUAGAUAAUUCUUGCAUUAAAUUAUUCGAGGACUAUGAACACCGAUCGGUUGUUGAAAUGGCCGAUGCAGUAAGAAGUGGAUGUAAAAACCAAUCAAUGCAGCAAUUCCUGUUGGAGAUUAUAUAUCACACAGUUAUAAAGUCGGAAAGUAUUGCACAAAUGUUUGGAUUUUGCCUCCAUAGGGUUCCGGAUACAUUAACACCUAAGCUAUUAAGAAAUCUUAAUUUUGUCGGACAACCAACACUUGCUAGUAUAACUGAAUAUGGGAACACAACCAACAUAGACCGUCUUCAAGCAAUGUCGUUGAAACGAAGAUUACAAGUGAGCAGGGACUUAGCACCUUUGCUGGUCCAGACAAAUUAUACGUCGAUUGGGCCGAUAACAUUGAUAGAUUUUGAGCCGAAACAUUUUCUUUUUGUAAAUGGUAGAAUGAAAGUCUUCGAUCUUGGACUAUAUUAUCAUGGCCACCCCCCAUGUGGCCCACAGAGUAACAACAGCUUCAAAUACUGGCAUACAGAACAUAGUGUCAGCAAUAACACCUGUCUCUACAAUAUACCAUGCACUGACGGGACAUGUAAUGGUCUCCAUUACGUCAUUAACUCAAGGCUCAUGAGCCAGGGACUGUCAUGAGAGUUGA